UCAACUCAUCAACUCGCAAGGCUACGCCUGUCUUCGUUCACAAGCAAAGUUCGUUCACCGUCAACUAGGUCUGUCAUCAACCGAAGAUGGUUAAUGCAUGGUUCUGGGUGUUCUACACGAUCGUGUUCUUCGUCUCUGGCUUCUAUGCAAACAGCUACUUGCGCGAGGAGUACGGCGUCGAGAUCGAUCUGAAGGGCAUUGUGAAAGAAGCAAAGAAGGCUGGCCCCUCAGCAUCCAAGAAAUCAGCGUCUUCCAAAAAGUCCUCGUCCAAGCGCUCCUCUUCUAAAAGGCGUGGGGCAUCUACCUCCAAGGCCAGCAGCAGCAAACGCGGAGGCUCUCGCAAGGGAAGUAAGAAGUCGAGCAGCAGCAAGCGUCGUUCUUCCAGUCUGCCACCACCAAAGAAGCAAAUUCCGACACCAAAGGCUAUUGGCUCUGUUGCUGCAUAAAUGGCUUGAAGGAAGAGGAUGAAUGUAGACGAAGACAAGGAUAUAUAAAUAGGAAAUAAACUCAUCUAAAUAAAUUGUUUAUAUCCCAUAAUAUAUUGUAUAUUUGGUUUUGUAAUUUCCCCUCUUAUUGUUCUGUUAUUAUGAUUGUUUUGUAAUAAUGUGGUUAUUGUAUGUGUUUGGGUAAUUAUUGUAAUAAAUUGUUUAAAAUGAUUUGUAAGUGUGUGUUGUU